AUGGGAUCAUUCCUCUUCUUGGUUCUCCUCUCUUCCCUUCUCCUUCAGACGCUCCUCAGAGAGGCAUCUCUUUCAUCUGCUGGUUCUCUCUUCCUUGAUCUCACAUAUUCCAAUCCUCAUCUAUGGCAUCCUUUCUCUCAUUCUUCUUGCCUUCUCUGCCCUUUGCUUUCUGAAGCUGCUUGGCUUCCUUCACCUCUCAACAUCUUGAACUUGUUGCUUCUUGAAGUUGGGUUCCUGAAAUGCAUCAAAAACUCAAAGAAUUAG